AUGACAUCAAUCAUCUUUGGAGCGACAUCAUCACCGUGCACAGCAUUAUACAACAAAAAUAAAAAUGCUGAAGAACAUGCAGAAGCAUACCCAGAAGCUGCGGUCGCCAUAAAAAGAAAUCACUAUAUGGACGACUACUUGCAGAGCUUCCACUCUGUCACGGAAGCUCAGCAAACGGUAAAAGCAGUCGAUCACGUCCACAAACAAGCGGGAUUCGUACUCAGCGCGUGGACAUCGAACGAAGCGAAAACAAUAGAAGAAAUAACGAAAGAAUAUAAACAACACGACGCGACCGUGAGCCUGGGCGGAAAAGAAACUGAGAAGACGCUCGGCCUGCUCUGGCAUGUACAAAGCGAUCAUAUUGGAUUUAAUACUCACAAUAUGAAGAUGCCUGCCGACGUAAAAGAAAAACAACGCUUGCCAACUAAACGUGAAGCGUUGAGCGUCAUAAUGGCUUUAUUUGAUCCGCUGGGAUUAAUAUCACCAGUGACCACCCCAGCGAAGAGAAUAUUCCAAGACACAUGGCGUUACAAGGCGGACUGGGACGACCCUCUGCCCACAGAAUUAAAAGAAAAAUGGGAAGACUGGAUUACUUCACUUAACGCCAUAGAACAACUGAGAAUACCGCGAUGCUACGAUUACAACCCGGUGUCGACGCGCCAACUACACACAUUCGUCGACGCAAGCGAGGAGGCCUACGGAGCAGCCGUGUAUUGGAGAACGGAGCGAGCAGACGGCAGCGUUAACGUAUCAUUGGCCGCCGCCAAGAGCCGCGUAACACCACUGAAACCAGUCUCCAUACCACGGCUCGAAUUACAAGCAGCACUGCUGGGAGCUCGUCUCGCGCAGACCGUGGUCGAGGAGCACGAUGGCGAUAUAGCGGGCAAGACAUACUGGUGCAACUCUCGUACUGCACUGGUAUGGAUAAGGUCGGAGCCUCGCGCGUACAAAGCUUUCGUCGCUCAUCGCCUGGCGGAGAUAGAAGAUACGACCAAGAAGAACGAAUGGCGUUGGCUACCGUCUAAAGAAAACGUGGCAGACGACGCGACCCGAUCCACGCCAGAAAGAUUCGACGAGUCGCACCGGUGGUUCCGAGGGCCCCCGUUUCUGCAACGUCCACCAGCAGAAUGGCCGCAGGAAGAGAAAACGACACAAUACGACACCGGGGAAGAACGAGAAGUAUGUAACAUCGCAGUUAAAAGGGUAGACUCGCCAACACAUCUGCCACAAAUAGAAAGAUUUGCAAAACGGAUUCGCCUCAUAAGGGCGACAGCGAGAGUCCUCCUAUUCAUCGACAUGAGCAGACCAAACAAGCACGUGGUGAAGGCUGGGCGUAAACGUAACCGAGCACGACAAGAUAGCGACCCUGGCUGGCAAAGAACAAACAAACGCAACACCCCAGCCAAGGAGAAAAAGGCAACUCCUACUGUCUCAUCACUUGUAGGAAUACCGGCCGCUUAUCACGUAAGAGCCGAAAAACUGUGGGUGCAAGCCAGUCAGCGGGAAAGCUUCACGAAGGAGCUCAAGAGGAUCGCCAACGGAAGUGUUCCGGGAGGUGACGACAAAUUAGGCCACCUGAGCACAUACGUCGAUGAAGAGGGAUCUCUACGCCUAAGAGGUCGAAUAAAAGCAGCAUCAGAAGUGGAAGAGGACACGUACAACCCUCCCAUACUAGACGGGAAGCACGCAUACACUCGUCUGUACAUAACACACGUACACGAGAGGUUGCAUCACGGAGGCGUGGAAACAGUCGUGAACGAAUUAAGACAGAGACUGUACAUAAGACAAAUACGUCCAGUGGUGAAAACUGUCGUCAAAAGCUGCCUACCGUGCCUCGACCCAGAAGCCAUCACGCCGAAUCACAUCAUCAUCGGUCCCAACUCGCACGUACCUGCGCUGGGACAUUUCAGCGAGAAUGACGUGACGGCCCGCCAGCAGUGGAAACGAGCUCAAGCCCUGGCCGACGUGUGUUGGAGAAGGUGGGUAAAGGAAUACCUGCCCCUAGUCCAACACCGGCGGGAGCCCAGCAGCAUAGGUGUAUCACCGAAGAUUGGAGACCUAGUCAUCAUUUGUGACUCCAAUCUACCACGCAACAUCUGGCCCAGGGGGAAAGUCAGCAACGUAUAUCCUGGCGUUGACGGAGAGGUACGAGUAGUGGACGUAACCACAAGCACGGGGCAUGUACUACGAAGACCGACAAAGAAGAUCGUCGUGCUACCAGAGGGAUCGCAGCGUGGCGACGGCGGGAGAAUGUGCACGACGCAAACAUAG